AUGGGGUAGGGCCCACCUCCCCUUGCUUCUUUCAGCUUGAAGCACGCCAACGUUUUCGCUCUUGACUCUUGCAGGCCCCCACCCCCACUUGUAAAUCGAUUCAAGCUUAAGGGCACGUGAGGCUCAGCCUCCCCGAUCGUCAACACACCCUUCGGAGUAGGCUGAAACGAAGUCGAAUCUAGUCCAUAUUCGGGCAGAGCCCCGAUAAACACUCCUAAAUGCCAAUGCACACGUGUGCACAGCCAUGCUCCCACAUGCACCGUCGUGCAGUCUCAGCGCCUCGGCCGCGAACCAUCACCUCCCCCUCACCUCUUAAUCCUCAACCUCAUUCGACACUCCUCUCCCCUCCCCUCACCUCUCGCCUCACCUGACCCUCGUUUCACCCCACCUUGAUUCUACCUUCACCUUGACCUUAACCUCCCCUCACCCGAUCCCACCCUAUCCCAUCCCACCUCGCAUCUCGUUUACCUCGUCUCUCGUUUACCUGUUCUUAUCGUCGUCGUCUCCUCACUCGUCUUUGACCCCUCCCAAUCUGCCUUCCCCAGCCUCCCUCCCCCUCCUUCCUUCCCUCGUCGACGCGCUCUACACUUUGUGCACCACUUAAUCUUGCCGACAUCGCCCCCCUUUUCAGGAGGAUACGAAACGGUGGCCUUUGUGAUGUGGUAG